CGGGAGCGCUGAGGAGGCCUGAGUGCUGAGGGGAGUUGAGAUUGGUUCUGGCUGGGUGAAGAAAAUUAUAAAGGAUAUGUCAGAGAAUCAACCAGAACUAGAUCCAGAUAUUACUACAGAUAUGGAAGUUGUUAUAGAUACUGAGGAAGAACUUAUUAAACAGUGUGAAAAAAUGUGGGAAGACAUGGAAGAUUGUCAGAAUAAAUUGUCACUCAUUGGAACCGAGACACUCACUAGCUCAAAUGCUCAGCUCUCAUUACUUGCUAUGCAAAUGAAAUGUUUGACUGCUGAACUUGAUCAUUGGAACAAAAGAACACCCGAAAUAACUCCCCUGACUGAAGAUGUUUUGGUAACAUUAGGAAAAGAAGAGUUCCAAAAAUUGAAAUGUAAUCUUGAAAUGGUAGUAUCUACUAUUCAGUCAAAGAAUGAAAAGUUAAAGGAAGACUUAGAAAGGGAGCAACAGUGGUUGGAUGAACAACAACAGAUUCUGGAAUCUCUUAAUGUAUUGCACAGUGAAUUGAAAAACCGCGUUGUGACAUUUUCUGUAUCAAGAAUCUUUAAAGAGCUGAAAGCUAAGAUGCUUAGUAUAAAAGAUUUUAAGGAGAAACUUCUGUUUACCUUGGGCGAGUUUUUAGAAGAUCAUUUUCCUCUGCCUGAUGGGAAUAGUAAAAAGAAAAAGAAAUACAUACAAACAUCAAAUGCACAACUGAUAACACUGCAUGAAAUAAUAGAGAUGCUUAUAAAUAGAAUGUUUGAUGCUCCACAUGAUCCAUAUGUUAAAAUUAAUGAUUCAUUUUGGCCACCAUAUAUUGAGCUGCUUCUGCGUAAUGGAAUUGCUUUGAGACAUCCAGAAGAUCCAACACAUAUAAGAUUAGAAGCCUUCCAUCAGUAA